AUGACAAAUCCGCGUGAGCAUAACAAUGUUAACAUUGUAGUGACCAGAAGUGGUAAUUCAAUUGAAGAACCAGAAGAAAACAAUGCGGAGGAAGAUGGGGUGUUAGAGGUCGAUUUAGAAAUCAAAGAAACCAAGAACCAAGAGGAAGAAGUAGUGAUAAUGCCUAAACUUGAAAUAAACAUUCCAUUUUCUGAAGCUCUAGAACAAAUGCCAAUAUAUGCCAAAUUCAUGAAAUACAUCAUCUCCAAAAAGCGCUCCACAAAUAUAGACCCGAUCAUCCUAACUGAAACGUGUAGUGUCAUUCUCCAAGGUAUGAAAAUUCCUGUGAAAAAGAAAGAUAGAGGGUCGGUUACCAUUCCUUGCACUAUUGGUGAUAGAAAAUUCAAGAAGGCCCUGAUUGAUUUGGGAGCUAGUGUGAGUUUGAUGCCACUGUCCAUCUACAAAAAAUUGUGCCUUGACACCGUUCAAGGCACUAGGAUGACGCUUCAGUUUGUCGAUCACUCAGUUAGGUGGCCCUAUGAAAUCGUGGAAGAUGUUUCGGUAAAGAUAGAUAAGUUUGUAUUUCUGAUUGAAUUUGUCAUUCUUGAGAUACCCGAAGAUGAGGAGAUCCCUCUCAUAUUGGGCAAACCAUUUUUAGAGAUAGGAUGGUGA